AUGAAAACUUUACUUCUACUCACCUUGAUUUGCUUAUUGGUGUCCUCUGUGUCGGGACAGGGCUCUAAGAGACGCUGGAGUAGGAGACAGGGACAAAAUAAAGAGAACAAAGACUGGUCGGAUGUAACCAAGGCCUCCUGGAACACGUCCCUGGCUGAUGGCAGUACAGUGAACGAACGAGGCUUUGUCUCCAACAACAACAAAGUGGGGUUUCUGAUGUCGAAGGAACGUUCACUUACUGCCGCGGGAUACGACCAAAGUUUCUCCAUGAUUGACUUUGGGACGGGAAAACAAGCCAUCCGUGUGGAGGUCAGCGAGCCUGGAAUCACGAGCGAAACCCUGGAAAAAAAUAAACGGAACAGGGAAUUCUGGGCUAAAAAGAAGCAUUUGUGUUUCAUACUGGACUCACCAAUCAGUCUCUUCGAUUUUUCACAAGAACUUGAGCUCCGCUCCUCUAUUUCUUGGGCAGGUCCUAUACCGACUGGCAAUCUGAAAACUUUUGUGGCCAGACAGUCCAACAAAGUAACGGACCUUGGUUCAAAUGGGAUUAUCGACCGAUUCUGUCGUACGGCUAUGGCCCGUGGAAUGGCCUUCUCUCUAGUGGCAGAUUCGUCUGUGACAGAGAAAAUGGAUAAGUAUGUAGUGAUGGGACAGGCGGACCCUCUACAACCUCUGACUUCUGUUCCAUAUGAAAUCAAAUUAGAGCCCGGAAUACUUGCCUAA